GACUUUUGUGCUGGGAGCUUAGAGCUACUUCAAGUGUACAACCAAGUUAUAGCAACAGAGGGAGAGGGGGUGUAAGGACAGGGAAGCAAAUCGUCUAAUAUUUUGGUCAUCUUUUUUAUGACGGCUCAUCGGUUGUGAAAUUAAGAAAACAGUUGGGAGCAUCCAGCAGAGGCAUAUUAUGCUGCAAGAUUUUAUUUUAACUCAAGAGUACGCAGGCUGCUAAAGUUAAUUUAGCUCUUUCCAAGUGUGCCAAGCAUCCAGAUGUGUCCACUCAUUCAUCCAGGAGGACGAAAGGUGAAGAACUCGCACAAGUGGAAUACUUAUUAAUAGUAAAAAUAUUGCGUACAAAAAGUCCACAACUGGUUGAAAAAGAACUUUUCCUCUCUCUGUGUCCAUCCUUCGGAAUAGUGGUGAAAGCUUGAAGACAUCCUACAGUGCACUAAGGUUUGCUUUUGUUUGAGAAUCAAGUUUAAAAAGGUUGCAUUAUAUUUAUCUCACUCUAAGGAAAACAGACAAUAUAAACGUACAUAUACUGUUUUCUGCUAUUGAAGCACAAGUGAGCGGCUGGGCAUGAAGACAGCAGGGGUGCCAGUAUUUCUAGUUUUGAUAGCAGUGACACAGGUGAUUGAUGCAAAAACACAGACUCAAAGUGUCCGAAGGCAGCAGCAAGCCAUAUCCGAUGCCAAUGACUGGGUAACCGAAUGGCACUUGGAGGACGCAUUUGCACCAAGGUCUCCUGGAGUCCAGGAUGUGGUGUCAGCGCACAUGUUCAAGCUCUAUGACACGUACAACCGGGAAGGGAAAAGAAUAAGAGAUGGCAAUACAAUCCGAAGCUUCAGGGCGCACUUGGGUACACACAAAGACAAGAUGUUGUACUAUUUCAAUUUAACCUCCAUACAAGAAUCUGAAGUAAUUCUAGCCUCUACUCUUCACUUUUUUGGAAAUACUCAGCUAAGACCCAGAGAAGUGGUUUGUAAGAAUUCAAAGAAUUCAUCUUGUCGUCUUCAACACAAGCAUGUUCCAAGUAUUUACCUGGUGUUUCGAAGCAGCUCUCCAAAUUCUGCUUCAAGACCCAUUAUGGGCAAUAUCACUCUUUCUCCUCAUAGAAAAGGACUUUGGCAAGUAAAAGAUAUAUCUCAUAUCAUAAAAGAAGCCAAGCAAGAGAGCCUUCUGCAGAUGACUGCUGAACUUAACUUUGAACCAUACCAGCAGAGCCAACACAAUUCAGAGCAGACUACUGACAAUCACCUUCCGUAUAUACUGGUAUAUGCCAAUGAUCUGUCAAUAUAUGAGCCAAACAGUGUUGCUGCAUCAUUACAAAGGUAUGAUCCCUUCACUUUCAAUGAAGGAGCCUCCACUCAGUCUCCUAACGCUUCUCCAAAUGCUCGUGUGAAAAGGGAUACCUACCUUUCUUCUCCUAUUCAUGACAAUGAACUACCAGAAGUAGAAUAUCCUAACUAUGAUAAGCAUCAUCUGUGGGAAAGUGCAUAUAAAUCUCUUAAACCAAAAUCUCCAAGAAAAGAGAGACGGAGGAAGGGGCAGACAAGAAGCGAGACAUCUACAAAGUCUCAGAUUUUGAACUUUGAUGAGAAAACCAUGAAAAAGGCCAGGAGAAGACAAUGGAAUCAGCCUAGAAUCUGCUCAAGGAGGUAUCUUAAAGUUGACUUUGCAGACAUCGGCUGGAGUGAAUGGAUCUUGUCGCCAAAGUCCUUUGAUGCCUAUUACUGUGCGGGAACUUGUGAAUUCCCCAUGCCCAAGGUUGUGCAACCAUCAAAUCAUGCCACUAUACAAAGUAUUGUCAAGGCAGUCGGAAUAAUCCCUGGAAUUCCAGAACCUUGUUGUGUACCUGAUAAAAUGAACUCUCUUAGUGUGCUUUUCUUGGAUGAGAACAGGAAUGUUGUCCUGAAGGUUUAUCCAAAUAUGUCAGUCGAGACAUGUGCCUGCAGAUAAAUCUGGACAGAUUGGCUAUGAAGAACAAAAUAAGGGAUAAGGAUAAAUCAUUUCAUUCCAUACACAGCAAGAAAUGAAACAAUUUUCAGACAAAUUUUACAAUAGCCAGUCCUAUCCUUCUCGCUGUGCUUUCAGAAGAUGCAAAGUAACUUAAAAUAAAACAAGACAUUUUAGACUCUACAACCCAGUGUAAUCAAGUACUGUAACUGUAUUUUACUGGCUAAUGUACUACACAGAGAAAAAUAUGAUGAGAAAAAGCAAACACUGAAUUAUGAAAAGUCCAGUAAGCUUAAUGGAAUCUUAAUGUGUUAGUUAUGUGCCAGUGUUACACAUUACCAGUGUGCAUGUGUGCGUGUGUGCGUGUGUGCAUGCGUGCGUGCGUGCGUGUGUGUGUGUGUGUGUGUGUGUGUGUGUAUGUGUGUUAUACCAUAAACAAAAACAAGCCUUCACUGUGUUUAAUUGUCAUGAAACUGCAGAAAGUUUGAUGCUGAUGCAGAAAUUAAAAAGUUAGAUAAUAGAAUGCUUUUUUUCUCAAGGAUGCUGAAAGAUUUUAGUUAAAACAGCCAUGGCAUAAUGUUUGUUCAGAAAUAACAAUAUUAUAUUUCAAAAGAUAGGAUAAACCACACUGGUAUUUGAACUACAGCUAGAAUUAAGGACUGUUCUUCGAUAAAUAGUGAUGCUUAAUGUAUGAAACUUGCAGCCACUAUUGUUUACUUAGAAAAAGCAGCAGCAGAAAAUCUUGGAACUGCUACAUCAAGGAAACAUUUUUGCUUAGUCUGGAAAUCUGUGCGUGAGGUUUAGUAGUGUUCAGAGAUGUCAAGAAAAAAGGGAAGAAAAUCCAUUUGUUCAUCAGCAGAUUGAAUAACUGGGGAUUGUAUUAUACUUGCUUUUAAUAUUUAUUUUUUUCAGAAUGAAUGAGUGAAGUGUUUUGUGACCGUAUGAUAUGUAUGUUGUGGCAACUUUGAAUGGAUUUUUUUAGGAAUUAUAAUAUAAAUAUAAAUAUAGAUAUAGAUGCAUU